AUGCGCAGUCUCCGGGCCCGACCUGCUCCCGCUCGCUUCCUGCAACAGCGCCAGCGCCAGUUCGGAGCAUCGGCUAAGCAGGCCAAGGAAAACCAAUCGUUCAAAAGUCAAUUGUACGAAAGCACACAGCAGCGUCUUAAGCGCGAGCGUGCAGAGCAAGAACGCUUCGCCCAGUAUCAGCAGACUCAAUCCCCAGCUGGCCGCUCGGCAGCGCUGGUCUUUGCUUUGAUCUUCUUUUCGACCGGUGCUUAUUACCUAGGAUCCAUCAAGCCCGCUGCCCUCCCUAUCUCGUCUACCACCUCUCUAUCCGAGAUUGAGGCGCCGAAACACAACGUCUCGAAAUCCAAUCUUCAAGCCGCCUGGGCCGAUUUCGUGGACAUUUUGGGAAAGGAGAAUGUCUCGACUGCAGAUGGUGAUUUGGCCUCGCAUUCCGGGUCGGAUUGGUCGUCUUACUCGCCCAAGGAGGGUGAGAAACCCUUCUUGAUUCUCUACCCGUCCAGUACCGAGGAGGUCUCGAAGAUCAUGAAGAUCUGCCACCAGCGCGUGAUCCCCGUAACCCCUUAUUCCGGUGGCACAAGCUUGGAGGGCCACUAUGCGUCCACGAGAGGUGGAGUCUGCAUUGACUUCCGUCGCAUGGACCGCAUCUUGCAGCUACACAAACGUGAUUUAGAUGUCGUGGUGCAGCCUGCGCUCGGAUGGGAGGAGUUGAACGAGGAAAUCGCCAAGGAUGGACUGUUCUUUCCCCCAGACCCUGGCCCAGGUGCUAUGAUUGGAGGCAUGGUGGGAACCGGCUGCUCGGGAACUAAUGCAUACAGAUACGGCACUAUGCGCGAAUGGGUACUUUCGCUGACUGUCGUCCUUGCUGAUGGAACCGUCAUUAAGACUCGGCAGCGACCCCGCAAGUCCAGUGCUGGUUAUGACCUGACUAAGCUCUUCAUUGGAAGUGAAGGCACUCUUGGCUUGGUCACAGAGGCGACACUGAAGCUGACGGUCAAGCCCAAGAGCCAGAGUGUGGCAGUCGCAAGCUUUGGCUCCAUUCAGAAUGCUGCUGAGUGUGUGACAAAUGUGGUGGAGGCGGGUAUUCCCGUGGCCGGUGUUGAGAUUUUGGAUGAUAUCCAGAUGAAGUGCAUCAAUGCCAGCAAGACGACCAGCCGCCAGUGGAAGGAGUCUCCAACUCUCUUCUUCAAGUUCACUGGAACCCCGGCAGCGGUCAAGGAGCAGAUCAGUAUGGUGCAGAAGAUUGUAACUGGUGCCUCGGGCAAGUCCUUUGAGUUCGCCCGUGGUGAGGAAGAGAUGCAAGAACUUUGGAGCGCCCGCAAGGAGGCCUUGUGGAGUGUCAUGGCAAUGAAGAGAACCCCCGAUGACCACGUCUGGACGACAGAUGUCGCGGUUCCAAUGAGCAGGUUGCCCGAUAUCAUCGAGGCUACCAAGGAGGACAUGACCAAGAGUGGCCUGUUGGCUGGAAUCUGUGGUCACGUCGGAGAUGGCAAUUUCCACGCCAUCAUUUUGUUCAAUAAUAGCGAAAAGAAGACAGCCGAGGGUGUUGUUCACCGGAUGGUGAAGCGUGCCGUGGAGAUGGAAGGUACCGUCACUGGUGAACAUGGCGUCGGUCUCGUCAAGCGAGACUACCUCGAACACGAAUUGGGUGAAUCUACAGUGGAUGCCAUGCGCCGACUGAAAUUGGCUCUUGACCCGCUUCGCCUGCUCAACUGCGACAAGGUUGUUCGCACCGAGCAGCCGGUAGCCGGAGAAGUUAAGGAAUGGUAG